AUGCCUCCAAAAGCUUCAUCUCUGUGCUAUGCUACUACAGGAAAGGCCUGCUAUCACAUCUUGGCAGUCAGACUGCAGAUUGAUCAUGGAUCAGUAAAGGACUAUAUUGAGCUUGAAACUAGUCAGAAACUUCGUGGACCAGCUGCAAAGGGCCAGACACGAAAUCCUAUCAAGGAAAAGACAGGCCGGCGUCAUCAAGCUGCUUCUGAUGCAACAGUUACUAGAGAUCUGGAGAAGAUCUUUUUGCGUUUGAAGGAGGAAGAGGAGGACUCUGAUUCUAAGUCUUUGGCUGAAAGUCCAAUUUCUGAUAUCAAAACCAAACAGGCCAAUAAAGCUCUGGUGUCUCAGCAUCCUCAAACUCCUCAAAAAGGCCGAGGUGUAACAGCAGGCAGACGUCCUGCUGUCACACCACUUCAUCCAAAUCGCACACCUGUUAAGUUCAGUCAGAAAACAGGACCUAAGCCCAAGCCACACAAUUCUCUUCUGCCCUCUCUUCCAAACUCUCCCAUCAAGCCAGUCAACUUUUCCCCCAAAAAAUUACGAAUCAGAGAAUUUCUUCCAACAGCUAAUGAAGAGGCAGAUCUUCUUGAUGAGCAGAAGCUUAGUGAUCUAGACUUCAGUCGGUGGAACAAUUCCACAUAUAUGCUCCGCCAGGAUGAAAUCUCUCUUUUUGUGGACUUGCUCAACUCAAUCAAUACUGGAAUCUUGGGGUCAACAUUGGUUAUUCCUGAUACAUAUGCCUUUCCUGCACAACAACUUGCUAAACUUGACUGGACUCUGACUGACUCUAUCCCUGUUGGGCUUUCUGGUGAUGUAUACACUUUUUAUUCAUUUUUUUAA